UCCACCAUCCCAGCAUGCACUGCGAGGUCUGCAGUAUAUUAUUGACAAAGAAAAAAAUCCUGGAGAGAAACAACAACAGGGUGGGAGCAGAACGCACAGUCCCGGGUUAUAGCAUUAACGACAUCAAAUCUGUGCCUUGACAACAAGUGUCAUAUCAUGGCCCUAAGGAGCUGAGAGUGGGACGUGGUGUUUCCACCUAAAGGAAGUUAGCUUGUCUUUAGUAAAUAGGGGUGGGGGGCCCAGGCAGACUGUGGACGGGGAAGAGAAAGAGCUCAGCUGGAGCCAAUGCAGCAGCAGCAUCGACAGCCUGAGCUGGUGGAAGGAAACCUUCCCGUGUUCGUGUUCCCAACUGAACUUGUCUUCUAUGCAGAUGAGCAGACAUCCCAUAAGCAGGUGCUCACCCUCUACAACCCCUAUGAGUUCGCACUCAAGUUUAAAGUGCUCUGCACAGCACCAAAUAAAUACACAGUGGUGGAUUCCACUGGAGCCGUCAAACCACAAUGUUGUGUUGACAUAGUAAUCAGACACAGAGAUGUGCGGGCCUGCCACUAUGGGGUGUACGACAAGUUUCGACUGCAGGUGUCGGAACAAAGUCAACGCAAAGCUCUAGGUCGCAAAGAGGUGACGGCCACACUCCGUCCCUCAGCCUCACAGGAGCCGCCUAGCCCUCGCUCCCAAGAUGAGGAGCGCAGGAUCAAGGAGCAGUUUGCAGACAGCGAGUUUUUUGAACAGACUACAUUUCAAACAGAGAGCCGUCCUGUUGCUGGAGGACCCAGUCUGCUAACAGUGCUGCUUGGGCUGGUGUGUAUGGCCGCCCUAAUGCUCCCAACGCUGGGAGAACAAGAAACUACCGUGCCUGUCUACCUCCACUUAAGUGUUAACAAGAAACUUGUAGCUGCUUAUGUUCUGGGUCUUCUUACAAUGGUCAUCUUACGCACGUGAAGUACUGUGAGCUGAAGAAUAAACAAUCUCAUAUGAGGGGUCCUUGUAUAAUUCAAUGAGCAAAGCUGACAUCUAUUCAGUUCAUCCCACCCUAAAAGGCUUUAGACUUGGUUUUGAAUCAACACAUGGGUCAGCAUAUACAUUAACACAAUAUCAAACUGACAAAAUGCUUAGCUCUUUGGUGUGUGGAGCUUAAGAAUGUGAGUAGGUGUCACUAAACUGGGCCUGUGAAGAAACAUGAGGCCAUUGUCAGUGUUGUUCGGCCUCAUAUUUCCUUUCUGUAUUUCUAUUGCCAUUAUGUAACAAUACAUUUAACUGGAGUGUGAAGGAAUUGACAUGCAAAUGUGAUGUAUAUAAAGCCAUUAAAAUUUUGUUUGCUAUUAUAUGUAACCACCAUUAUAUUGGAAGCAUUUUUACCAUGUACAGAGGACUAAAUGCAGGUAUUUGCAUCAGUGAA